GCCAGUGGACCACAGGCUGACGGACAGGGAGUGGGCUGACGAGUGGAGACAUCUGGACCACGUGUUGAACUGCAUCGUGGACAUGGUGGAGAAGACCAGGAGGUCAGUGAGCGUGCUCCGACGCUGCCAGGAGUCGGACCGCGAGGAGCUCAACUACUGGAGGAGGCAGGAAGACCCUCGCAAGGGGAGCUCCGCUUCUGGAACCUUCUCCAAGACCCACAGCCCCCACACUGCGGACGACCCCGACUCCCAGAGGGAGUUCGCUCCACGCCCCGGCUCCGGCUACGUACCAGAUGAGAUCUGGAAGAAAGCAGAGGAGGCUGUGAACGAGGUGAAGCGCCAGGCCAUGGACGAGGUCCAGAAGGCCGUGGCCGAGGCCGAGCAGAAGGCCUUCGAGAUGAUCGCCGCCGAGAGGGCCAAGAUGGAGAAGACCCUGGCCGAGGCCAAGAGGAAGGCCGCCCAGGAGGCCGUCCUGGUCAUCAACGAGCAGGAGGACUCCAGCGAGUGUUGCUGGAACUGCGGCCGGAAGGCCAGCGAGACCUGCAGUGGCUGCAACGCCGCCCGCUACUGCGGCUCCUUCUGCCAGCACAAGGACUGGGAGAGACACCACCUGAUCUGCAGCCCCGGCCUGCAGGCCAAGCCCGCGUCCGCCACGGCCAGGGCCUCCACAGGGGCCCCCGCCAGCCUCACGGGGCCCAAGGCUCCGGAGAGCGCGCCGGCCGCCUCCAGCCCUCGGGGAGAGAAGGCCUCCGUGCUCUCCCGCUCCUCCACCCCUUCCACCCCCACCUCGGCACCCGAGGCUAACGGGCACUAGGACCCGGCGGAGGGAUUCGAUUUUGGGAGUCCGACCCAUCCGAGCUGUUCCCAGAUCGGCGGUGUUCAGAUCGCUUUAUGACUCGCCGUGCAGACUUGCCACCCUGGUCGACCAACCGCCAUCCCAAAAAGCCUGUGAAACUUUUGUCAUUGGAUAGGGGUGGGGGGGGGGGGGACAUGUGACACCUCAGAGAGGAAGUGACAUUGUAGGUUGAAAGACUCUGGGCUUGGGUGUCGCCACAGGCGCAGAUCCAGGGUCAGUCUCCACUCUGUAGACCUGAACUCUCACCAGACGAGCCGACACAAGCAGAUUUGAGCCCGAGUUCAGUCUCUAAAGGGAGACUGGGUGAUCUGAGGAGGUUCUGCCUGUUGACUUUGGUUCAGAGACCUGGAGGGACUGGCCUUCAUCUGUCAAACAGACAAUCUCAGAUCGAAACCUGCUUCUGUUACUCCUAGCGACACGACAAAACGAGUCAAGAGACACUUCAGUCCAGACAAUGUAUUCUGAGAGUAUUGUGUGUGUAUAUAAGACUGGGAGAGACCUGGUGUGAUGGUACCAGUGGGGAAGUGUCUCUCCUUCUCUGGGAGACACCAGCAGAAGACUAGAAGAUACGGGGUGCUCUUCUCUACAGUCCUGUCCCAUGUAUAGCUGUUAAAAGUGUUCCGCUCGCACGACUUCCGGACGGUUUUCUUGGUCAGUGUGUGUGUGUACGUGUGUCAAGCGUUAUGUGCCGUCAGUGGAAACUAUUCGGUCACGCAUGUGAAUCGUCAAUCUCGGAAGCAAAUUGGGACGGAAGGGUGUCACCGGUUGUGAUCGCGCGUCACCAAAGUUUGCGACGGCUGAGGGACGUUUGGCGUCGCCUGGUCACUGCUGCAUCGUACACGGGAUCGAUCUUCACUAACUCAUGUACAGAUCUGUGAUGCCUAUAAGUAUAUAUAACCUACAUGGUCCAGUCUAGACCUUCACGACGACCUCACAGGAAAAGGAAGAAUCAUUUGGAGUCAUGCAAGGACAAUAUGACAUCCACGUAUGUAUGUAUGCAGUAUACAUACACGUUCAACACUUUUUAAUGGGCUUUCAGUCACAGGCAGUGUUCAUGUUUUCCAGCUCCUAGUGACUCGUUCUAGAAACGUGGAGCGGACUCCCUCAGAUCUUACACCAAGGCUACAUUUGCACCUGUUUCCACACGAGAAUUAAACCCCGUAGGGGGUAGAGAGAAACAAAAUAUUUAAUUUAUUACAGUGGGCCGGUUUAUCAUUCCAUCUGUGGACUCCCGUUCUGAGCGAUGGCAUGUUUUCAGGCUGUUGUACGAACAGACUGAUUGGAGGGGUUGGAGUUGUGUGUCCGAGUACGUGGUGCAGCGUUGGUGUCGAGCGGGAGAUGCGCUCUGGUGUACGACCUGCGGUGGGUCUGUUUCUCUUUAAAUCUCAGGAGUUUUUGUUUUGUACAUAUUAUUGUUGAGUUCAUCCUUUUGUCACCGCUAGAUAAAGUGUAAAGUUUAGAGACCUUCCCUUUUUGAUUGGGCGUCGAUUUCCGGCGUCGUCGUCGUCGCCACAGAAUCGACUCUUGUUUUUUGUUGUGCGAUGUCUUUGUCUGUAAAGCAUAUUAUCUGAGAGGAUGUCUUUGUGUUGUGAGCCACCUUUUCCUUCUAAAACACAUAUUUUGUUAUGAGACACAACUUCAUAUGAACAGAUAUCUUGACAUGAAGUAUUACAAUAAAAAAAGAGAAUGACUCCAAAAGGCCUGUUCUGUCCAGAUGUUGUUUUGAAAUUGUUACGGUCUGUGUGUGUAUGCUCAUUUGCAAAUGAAAGCUGGUGACAUGACAAGAGUGGAGUUUUGCAUAAACAAGAGAUGAAAGUCCGCCGUCUCUAAACAGACCUCUGGUCUAUGUAGUUCUCACAUCCUGUCUACUCCUGCUAACUUACCUUGGAGUCUCUAAACUCCAUUAUAACAGGGGGCGUUUCAGGUCACUGCAUCUUUUUGUGGUUAUAAACUUUGUGUUGCCAGGCAAUUGCGAGGAGCAAACAGAAUGGGUGAGCAGUUUCUUGUUUCCGUCCUCGCCAAUUCACACUUGGAUCAUUUUCCUUACCUGUUCCAGUACCUUGUUUGUAAAUGCAGUGAAUCAUUCAUUUGCUCUCUAUAAAAUA